AGUCUCAACGAAGAGAAACCGAAAUCGCUCUGACGAGUCUCGAACCCUAGAAGCUUCCUCUCUGAGGAGGGAGAUCAUGGUAAAGUUUAAGAAGGUGAAGGAGGAGUUUUCUGUAGAUUCAACUACAGAAGUUAGAGUCGCUGCGUGUUCUUCAUUAUCAGAUGGCAAUUGUGAUACCCCUGUUCUGAGAAGAAGCUCUGUUCUAGGGAGGCCGGUUGGUCCAAGAAGACGUUCAGGGAAAGGAGGCUGGACAGAGAAAGAGGAUAUUGUUCUACGUGAAGUUGUCAAAAAAUACAAUGGGAAGAAUUGGAAGCAAAUAGCUGCAUAUCUCCCUGAGCGGACAGAUGUUCAGUGCUUGCACCACUGGCAAAAGGUUUUGAAUCCUGAACUUGUCAAGGGAUCUUGGACAAAGGAGGAAGAUGAUUGUAUAAUUGAGUUUGUCAAAGAGCAUGGUUGCAAGAGAUGGUCUCUCAUAGCAAGGUCUUUACCAGGUCGCAUAGGCAAGCAAUGCCGAGAGAGGUGGUACAAUCAUUUAGACCCAGCAAUAAAGAAAGAUGCAUGGACAGAAGAAGAGGAAUCAAUUAUUGCUUAUUACCACCAAAUCUAUGGUAACAAGUGGGCAGAAAUAGCAAGGUUUCUACCUGGAAGGACUGACAAUGCAAUUAAGAAUCAUUGGAAUUGCUCAAUGAAGAGGAAAAUGGAUUCAUCCUCAAUUGAUCGUCUUGAAAUGGAUAUGUAUGAAAUGACGUCUUCUGAUUUCUGCAGUCCUGAAACAAAACCUACAUCUCCUGAUUUUUGCAGUUCUGAAACAAAAAUUGAAUGCAUGAAGGUUGUAGUGGAGAAAAGGAGUUUUAAUGAUCAAAGAAAGGGGUUGGAGCAUAGUGUUGAAACUUGUUCUACAGAUUUGGUUCUUGGAAAUGCUUAUGGAAGCGAGAGUUGUUCAAUGGCAAAGUCUGCAACUGGCAUGCUUUCAGAAAGAGAGGAAACUAAACUGUUAGACACAAUAAAUGCAACAAAGUUUGAUGACACAGGUGCUGCUGCAACCUCUUGUUUGGAUUUUUCCUUGGAUCCAUCUACUUGCGCUAAACCAAGUUGUAAGCCUGUUGAGGUUCUUCCUGUUGGUCACAAAAUACUUGAUUUUCCUAAAAGGUUAAGGAAUUAUGCUUCAGGUGUUACGAAUUCAGUAGUUGGCAAUGACUCUGUCAAUCUAUGUUCAACUUCUUUAACACUGGGAUUUGGUGAUAAUAUGGGUCAAGUGGGCAAGAAGAACAAAGUCUAUAGGGUUUCGCUACAUGCAGUGGAUAUAAAUCACGGUUGCUUGCCUUCUGCGCCAACUCGGCUGAAUGAUUUGGUUAAUGCUGUUGAAAAUAGUAGAUGUCCAAGUACAGAUGAUGAUCAUGUUACGCAUCAAAACAGUCCAUUUUGCUAUUCUACUCCAACUUAUCUUGGACGGAGAAUGCAUGCUAAUAGUAGCAGUCCAGCAUCUGUAUUAAGGAACUCGGCAAUGACCUUCAAGAAUACUCCUUCUAUAAUAAGGAAAAGAACUUCCUCAAAGACUGGUAAUGCCAACCUUCCUGAUGUCACCUGCACACCUGAAUUUACAGUCUCAUCUAUUCAGGACGGACACAAUGUCAAUAGUACAGACUUCCUAAACACGAAGCGGGGUUUCCUCUCUGUCUUUCAUGGACCUGAGACUUCAGUUGUUGGUUCUCUGGGUAGGUGCCUGGAAUAUGCAUUUGACUUGGAAAAGGAUUCUGUCACUGUUAAAUGUGGCAAAUCAGUAUCUGCAAGUUUGUCUCCAAAUAUUGAUAUUGGUGACAAUACAACGUUGACACCGUGAAUGGUUGAGGAUUUUGUAUCUUGUGCGUUCUAUAAAAGCUAUGACAGGCUUGUGAAGUGCAUUCAAUGGAGAGGAAUCGAUGAAGGGAGGUCAUAAUUCUAAAUACUGUCCGGAAACAAUCAGAAAGCGGCUGCAAGAUUAGUGAAGAGAUUCUUCGGACUAAUGAAAGGGUUCCUCACCAUUUCACUCAAAAUGUAGAGGAUCCUGAUCCAUCUUUUCCAUGGGUUUGAAUGUAAGCCUACAUCUAGUGCAAUAUUAUGGCCCAAUUUCAAAGGGGCUCGUAUCUCAAAGGUUGCAUUCUAUUAGCUCUUCCAAAAUACAAAGCAAUUAUUGUU